GUAUUUCUGUGUCAGUCCACUGCACUGCUUAACUAAAGCUCAGAGUAAGCUGUCUGUUCUGUUCUGAUCGAGUAAACGCGGAGAGAAGUCCCCGGACGGGUCGCUAACGAGCUGAAGUAGCUUCAUAAAGACUGGAAGCACGCCGACGCCAUGAUGACCAAAACAAAAUGGCUGAACGGGAGAUUAGUUGACAAAGUCAGCAGGGCUGCGUGAGGAGCGGCUUCCUCCGGGUUACCACAGCUGAGGGUGAACUGUAUCAGCUCAGAGGAACCGCACACAGCGAGGAGAAGAUCCCACAUCGUAGUGUUCUUUAUAGUGUUCCCACCUUCCCAAUUGACCAUGAUCAAGUUCCUGUUGAUGGUCAAUAAGCAGGGGCAGACUCGCCUGUCUAAGUACUAUGAGCAUGUGGACAUAGGAAAGAGGGCUGCCCUGGAAGCAGAUGUGGUCAAAGGUUGUUUAUUUCGCAAGAAAGAGGAGUGCUCAUUUGUGGAGUAUAAGGACUACAAACUGGUCUAUCGUCAGUAUGCAGCUCUUUUUAUUGUCGUCGGCAUCACUGACAAUGAAAAUGAACUCUCCAUCUAUGAGCUCGUCCACAACUUUGUUGAAGUGCUCGACAAGUAUUUCAGUCGUGUGAGUGAACUGGAUAUCAUGUUUAACUUGGAUAAGGUGCACAUCAUUCUUGAUGAGAUGAUCCUGAACGGACACGUUGUGGAGACGAACAAGAACCGCAUUCUGGCUCCUCUACUGGCUUUAGAUAAGAUGGCAGAAGGAUGACAGACAGCUACUCUUUUUAUUUAAACACUGAAACUGCAGCAAUAUAUGUUAUUUUUAUUUGUUAGGCAUGAUUUAAGUAUUCAUAAGGGAAAUACUCUUGUAUAUAUGAAUAAUGGCCUUUAAAAGACUUUUAAAAGUCUUUUACAUACCUUUACAUAUAUUUUUCUUAUAUAUAUAUAUAUAUAUAUAUAUAU